UGCGAAACCGGGUCUCGGACGACCCCGUGGACAACUCUAUGCAGGUGUUGGAAAAUCUGAGCUACUUGAACCUGAAGAAGGAUGGGACCGCCGGGCGAACCAGUACGCAGCUGCAGCUGAUCAGCCGGCUGAGGGACAAAAUCUACAAGACGGAGGACGACGUGUCCAGCUUGAACACCA